GUUGCACUUUCACCCCUCAAAAAAAACCCGUAUAUGUCUCUAUAAGCUUCCACAUCCAGACUGGGCUCUAAAAGCUGGAAACAAGCUGCAUCCUCGGCCCUGGUAUUUCUCUUUUCCACGGCGUGUGGUUCAGGCUUCGCUUGGAGGCUACAGCUAUGAGCGUGUAACCAUAACAACUGUCCUCUGAUUGGCUCUCCUGGCACGGGAAUUAACAGGGGCGUCAUCCAAUGUGAGCGCAGGACGCGCGCCGCGCUGGCAAAACCUCGUGAUAACCCAGGCACAGUGAUGCUGAAAGUGGCGACGUGAGGGUGAGCCCGGAGGAAAUGAGUGGAGCCCCAAAACAACAAAGCAAGAGCGAGGGAUAAAACAUCAGAAAAAUAAAACACGUUUUGAAUUAUGAUGUUUGAAUAGUUUGAGAAACCAUGCUGAAGCUCUCCUCUUCUCCCUCUCUGGAUUUUGGAUUGUGACAAGUGCCAGGACUGGAACCCCAAACAGGACCAGGACUACAAUAAAUCUUAAGGAUUGUUGUCACCCUCUUUAACUUUUGAAGGGUUCGUCCAAUUUUCGCCUGACAGCAACACACCUCCCGGAGCCAAGACGUUGUUCCCCGUAGAUCCGGGUCGCCCCAGUCCGAGCAGCGCAGUCAGUGUGGGCAGGUCGGCACUCGGCGUCCUGCAGGCCGGAGACAUGAUGGUCCUCUGUGCCGGCUGCGAACGGCCAAUUCUGGACCGGUUCCUCCUGAACGUUUUGGACCGAGCCUGGCACGCCAAGUGCGUCCAGUGCUGCGAGUGCAACUGCAACCUCACCGAGAAGUGCUUCUCCAGGGACGGGAAGCUCUAUUGCAAAAUGGACUUUUUCAGGCGGUUUGGCACAAAGUGCGCGGGCUGCCUGCAGGGAAUCUCGCCGAACGACCUGGUGCGUAAAGCGCGCAGCAAGGUGUUCCACCUGAACUGCUUCACCUGCAUGGUGUGUAACAAGCAGCUGUCCACGGGAGAGGAGCUCUACGUGAUCGACGAGAACAAGUUUGUGUGUAAAGAAGAUUAUGCGAGCUCCGGAGCCAUAAAGGAAGUCAGCUUAAAUUCAGUGUCGUCGUGUACGGAUAGGAGUUUAUCGCCGGAUCUGCAGGACCCGAUACAGGACGACAUAAAGGAGACGGACAAUUCCACGUCCUCAGAUAAAGAAACGAACAAUAUUGAGAACGAGGAGCAGAACUCGGGCACCAAAAGGCGGGGGCCCCGGACCACCAUCAAGGCCAAGCAGCUGGAAACGUUAAAGGCCGCGUUUGUGGCCACGCCGAAACCGACCCGGCACAUCCGGGAGCAGCUGGCCCAGGAGACCGGACUGAACAUGCGCGUCAUCCAGGUUUGGUUCCAGAACAGAAGAUCCAAAGAGAGACGGAUGAAGCAGCUGAGUGCACUGGGGGCCCGGCGGCACGCCUUCUUCAGGGGCCCGAGGAGGAUGAGGCCCCUGGGAGGCAGGCUGGAGGACCCAGACAUUUUAGGACCUGGGGCCUACGGUUACUACGGAGAAUACCAAGGCGACUAUUACGGACCAGGAAGUAACUACGACUUUUUCCCCCACGGCCCCCCAUCCUCGCAGGCCCAGUCUCCGGCCGAGUCCCCUUACAUCCUGGGCUCCGGCCCCGGUGCCAUGGAGGGCUCGGGCCACCACCCGUCAGACGACCAAAGGUUCACGGACAUGAUCUCCCACGCGGAAACUCCCAGUCCCGAGCCCGGCUUACCGAGCUCCCUGCAGCCUGUCCCCGGGGAGGCUUACGGGGGCGGGCCCAGUCCCCCGUUCUCUUUGGCCAGUAACUCAAGCUACAGCGCGCCCAUGUCCCACCAAGGCCCCGAGAUGGGAGAAACCGCAGCCUGGUAGAGGACGCGACAGCAAACCUACAGAACAUGGACCAUUCCUGGGCUGACAGUCAGCCUAGUUAAUUCAGGAGAAAAAAAAACAGAGACGUUGUGGAGUGAGCGGUACAGCUGGAAUUUCUACAAAGGACUUUUUAAAAAAAACAUGGACAUAGAAAGGGAAUAAAGAAUGGGACAGCUGGCUGGAAAACCAUAAUAUUUGCUCCCUGGUAGACACUCCAAAGCAUCUCCCCUACCUGGAUUACUGGACUUGAAUUAUUUGAAAUAAAUGUUACGAUUCCACCCAGCAAAAACGCUUCAUUCCUCGCCUUCCCCUUCACGAGGGGACAUCUUUACUUCUCUUCAUUUGUCACCACGUUUUUUUAUUUUUUUUUCCAUUCAGUUUUUGUUGUCCUAUUUUCCAAAAUACACUCAAUAGUGAGGGUUCAAGACACGCUUUAAUGCUCAUAUAUGAACUUGUAUGUGGCAAUCUAGACACAAAGUCGAAAAAAUGUUGCUUUAAAUACUCUCAUCUUCACGUCAAUGUGUCAAAUCGAAAGCUGCUUUUUCACAGACACCGCCCCCACACACACAAAUACACACACACACACACCUCUGGCAUUGACUUCCUCGAACGCACAUCUCAGCUAUAAAUCCCUUAAUGCACGAAAAGUGUUCUUGAUCAUAGCUCAAAAGAAGGAUGUCUAUACCAUUAUUCAAAACACGCACACAAUUAUACAGACACUUGUACUCACUCGAGCACGCACACACACGCACACACAUUAAGUCUCACACCCAUCCAGCCCGGCCCUGAUAGUUCUGCUCCACAGACUGCUUCACCUGACCUUCCUUUUGUCACUGUCCCUUUUAAAAAACAUGUUUUAAUGGAAAUGAUUUUCAAAAGAACAUUGAACCCAUAAUGGAGAAUCUCCUUCAACAGCUGAGGUCUCCUUCGUCUAAAGAGAGAAAACAAAAGAGGGGGCAGGCAACAUCUGUGACAUUACCGCUGCAUGUCUGCUCCGAAGCACUCAUUGCCAUCUAGUGGCCUUAAAGCACACAGAAUAAUAA